UGCGCGGCGGACUGAGCUCUUCAGUCGGCAGUGGUGUCGCGUGAAGUGAGGUUAGGGUCUGUGCAACUGUGAAGUGUGGAUCCAGAGUCUACUGAGCCGGCACGGCGGGAUUGUGCGUCAAACCCUGACACUUCGAAGGAUUAUCAAGAAGAGGCAUGUUUUCACACGACUGAGCGAACGCUUACAUGAGGGGAUGGCUCCAGGUGUCUGGUGGGUGUGGGUGUUGUGGCUUGGGCUGUCCACCGUGUCCGCUCAGUCACAAUGUCCUUGGGGUCGAGAGAUCAACGAGCUUCAGUCAGCCUGUAUCUGUGCCUACAACCUGGGCCAGGAGCUGUCCGUGCAGUGCGACAUGGUGGACUGGCCACAGCUGCUCAAGGCACUGGACAAGUACGCGAGGACCGUAUCCCUCGACUUGCUCUAUGUCAACAACAGCUCGGUCAAGGCCAUCGACAACGCCGUCUUCAGCAACCUGCGACUGCACAACCUCCAGCUGUCCGGUUGCAGGAUCAGGACUGUCAGCCCGGACGCGUUUAGAGGGCUGGAGUCUUCACUGAAGAAUCUGAAUCUGCAGGACAACGAAAUCGACGAAGUUCCUGUCGAAAGUUUGCAAGACCUGAAGAAUCUCACGUUGUUGGACUUGUCUCGCAACCGAAUCACCAAAGUACCUGACAACGCUUUCAUAACACUGACGAGACUAGCGACCUUAAAACUUUCAGACAACAAUGUGUCCAUAUCCUCGGAGGCGUUUCGAGGACUCGAAGAAUCGCUGAAGAAUCUCAACCUGAAAGGCACCAGGCAGAAGAGGAUACCGGAGGCAGUCAGAGGACUGAAGACUCUGGCGUUCCUCGACCUGGCACAGAACGGUCUGACUGAACUGCCAGGACCAGGAGGUGCGGAGCUGCUGGCCGGAUUGGACUCUCUGACGGCUCUGAAUCUUGAGCGAAACGUGGUCCAGAAGGUCGCUGACGACACAUUCAACGGAGUAUCUGACACCCUCAGCUCACUCAGUUUGCUCAACAACUUGCUCACAGAGUUCCCUGUUGGUGCCAUCAACAGCCUCACUGAACUCAGGGUCUUGGACAUUGGGUUCAACUUGCUGACAGAGCUUCCGGUGACAGCGUUCAUGGGGACGCCUUCGCUCACUCUGCUGGCCCUGGACGGAAAUCCUCUGGCUAGCAUCCCCGGGGCAGCCCUGGGUCACCUAAACACCACCCUCCGGGGGCUCAGCCUGGGUGGUCGCUUCCUACACUGCGACUGUCGUCUGCGCUGGGUGGCGGAAUGGAUACGCGGCAACGACCUGCAAGUCACCAGCCGUGAAAGGAGCCCUCAGUUUUGCGGCACACCACCGCGUUUCCGAGACCGCAACUUCUACACCAUCCUGCCUGAAGAGCUAACCUGUGGCAGUGAAAACAGCCCAGUGGGGGUCGCAACAGUUAUCAACGCAGACCUUGACGAUAUCAUCAGCAACCCAGGAAUCAUCGAAGGUGUAGAAGAGGAGCCAGAGACAACGACACAGAGACGAACUACGACCGCAGCACCGACAACAACCAUGAUGACCAGACCAACUACAACAACCACCACAACCACAACCAGCACUACCACCACGACAACCACACAGAGACCCACAACAACAACGACUGUACAGACGACUACUACAAGUCGUCCGACAAGACCACCAUUGAUGACCACCACACGACGAGGCAGUGUGGUGAUCUCACGUACCACUGUGCCACCCUGGCCGCCACAACACCAGCGCCCCCUGGUGCUCACCCAUCCUCCACACACAGUCCAAGAAGUCUUGGUCCGCUCUGCCCACCGCCAGGACAACUCCGUCAUCAUCCAGUGGGACUCAGAGACCGCCAAUAUCCUAGGUUUCCGAGUGGUCUACCGACUGUUCGGUGACAGGAGCUUCAAGCAGGGACCGCCACUGGAAGCCAGUGAAAGAGAGUUCAAAAUCAAAAAUGUGCCUUCUCAGGAGUGUAUCGUGGUGUGUGUCAUCUCCCUGGAAGAGAUCAAUGUCACGCCAGACACUGUGCCGUACAGCCAGUGUCGCGAGGUCCGUACCGUAUCCUCCCCUACCAGCCACAUGGACAAGAUCACCAUAGCGGCCAGUGCUGCCAUCUGUGGCACUGUCGUCAUAGCUGUCAUCGUCUUCGUAGCUGCCAGCAGGCGCAGGUCACGUAAGCUGCACACCCUGGCCGGGUCCAAGACGGGACUCCCUGUUCCCGGACUGCCGGUAGCAUGUUGCCCUGCCUCCAGCCCAGGACCUCUCUCUUCCCUUGCGACCCUCAGUGCUUUCACCUCCCACAAGGACUGGGACCAGGUGUCUGUGUACAGCAACCGCAGCCUCUCGCGCCCCCGGAUGUACCACAUGGAGCGCCAAGGUUCACUAACUUCUCCGUGUAUGGGUGAGGACAUGCGAUUCACAGGAAAAUCAACCAAAACUAGAUCCGUAGCUGACGGCCAAUCACAACACAGCUUCUCCAACCAAUCAGGCCGCUAUCUCACCGGCAACGCUUUCUCUGCUGGGCUGGUCAACUCUCGUCCAGAGCUGCGACAGUCCCGCCAGUCGCUCGCAGUGUCGGAGCGGAUGUCUCGCGUCAGCUACCCGAGCGCCGCGACGCACACGCACCAGCGGUCGCGUCAGAGGCCGCGCAGUCGCAGCAGGGAACACACGGGACCGGUGAUACCGCGUCCCGGCAGCCGCUACAGCACUGCCGUCCUCACCAACUACGGGGACUCCGCAGACAACUGGACCGACCACGACAUGGACAUCUACAUGGCCCGCAAUCCGACCACCCGCGGCGGCCUAGUGCCUCUGUAGCGGUGCGAGUUCUGCCGGCCUGUUCUAUGUGAUAUCCACACUCGAUACCUCAAUAAUUACCAUAUGUUCUAUUAGAGCGGUUCAGAUAUAGACAAUUCCCCCCUCCCCACCACUCCAACCAACAAUAAUCUUCUACACUCUAGCACACUACACGUAUCGGUGUAAAACUUCAUGGCUGUACUGGUGGCCAUAUGAUGGUAAACCAAGAAGAACAAUGUUACACCACAAACACUUUUACUCGUUUUAAUUUUAUGGAAAAUACACUAAGUCGGAUAACUUUAAAAUUGUAUUCAAUCCAUAAUUCCUUUAUUCGUGCACACAAUCAAAAACGGUUAUAAAUUCAAAAUAUAAAAACCAAAACAACUAGUUUCUUUUAUAUGGAAUUGGAUUAUUUACUAUUGUGUGUAAAAGUAUAGUAACUGUAUUGUUAAAACUAUGUAGAACAGCAUUAAAAUCCUAAUUCUUUGGAUUAACAAAAUAUUUGACAAAUUUGAAAUAGUCAAUAUAAUAUUUCAUGAUCACAAAUUAAUGUACGCCUAGCUUUCUCCUUUAACAAUAAAAGAACUACGACUUAAUAAAUUAACUUAAUCAGACAUAACCUACUUAGUAAAUAGCCUAUGCAGUAAACAACCUAUUUGCUACUAUUUUUUCUUAGUAAUUAUUGAUAUUGAUGUGGAUAUCCGAGAGCUUGGCCAGCACUUAAAUGAUAAGAUAGGGGGACUGUGGUGGUAUAGGCCAACAGUGUGUGAUUGGUGCGCGUUUUUCUGGACUAAUUUUGUAAAUACUGACUAUCGCAACCAUUCCAUGACAAAGUAAACGAUCAGUAAAUGCUGCAAGCCUAAUAUUGAACAGUUUAAGUUCUGUACAUAGCUUACUACCAGUAGUGGUAUUGUAUUUAAUAUUGUGUUUCGCUAUAUUUUACUGUGUGAAAAAUCUUCGGCUGCGUUCUCUAGACUGGCUCUAGAGCACACAUAACAAAUAGAUCAGCUGCAGUAAUAGAUCAAAACCCACGACAAAAUAAAACCUGGAGGUCUCCCCUUCGAGUGAAACAAAUUGAAAUAAGAGUUUUGGUUGGUAUUUAAAAUGUGAACAAUUGCAUCGGAACCCAUACAUGACUGUAACUUCUUUUACCGAUAAUUACUUAGCAGUAAUACGUCAAGUGCAAUAUUCAAUUGGAUUAACUAAGUGGCUUGCACCAAGUUUGAAGCACAAUUAGGGAAUUGCCAUGACAUUAUUCAAUUAAUUUUUAAUACUGUUUUUCCAACAAAAACUUUUAAACUACAUAAACAUGUUUGCUAUGGAGCUUAAAGUUUGUAUGAUCUCCAUGUUAGACACCACAACUUAUUACUCAAAGUGUUAAUACCAUUUAAAUCACUUAGGAAUAAUGUUUUAUUUUAUGAAGAGAACAUGACUGCUUUUAAAAGUUUUUGUAAGUAUAUUGCUUCUGAUUGCUUCAAAUUCCUAAUAUUUUUAAAACAUUUAGAUUCCUAGCAGUUGUAAUUUACAAUUUAAAUGCUUGUUAAAUAAAUGUGCCAAUAUUUUUGAAAACAAAGUAAUUUUUAUUAUUUGUGCCAGCGACUGGAAAAUCUAUCUCCCAUUUGAAUAUUAUUGUUGACAUUUUAUGUGAAAAUAUUAACUUCAAAUUACACAAUGAAUUGCUAUGCAUUCCAAAUUGUUUUUAUUUGCAAACACUGCCAUAAUAUAAUUUACAAAAUGAUUUUGAAUUUCCGACGUUUCUAAUGAAUGCUACAAAAAUCAAGUGACUACAUAUGUUUUUAAUCUUUGUGAGUUUCUUUUCUAUUUACUGCAACAAGAUAUGUUACAUUUGAAACCAAAGUCCUGACUUUGUUAUUCUAUUAGUUGCUCCAGUAUAAACAUUCUAUUAGGCCUAGUACUGUGCUCGUAUAGUAGUUGUCGCACAAACAUGUUAGUGAAAUAUACCUGCAAUGGGUGUAAAGUGUGAAUAUUCUUAGGCAGUUAUGUACUUAAUGUAAAGUUAGCAAACUAGAGUGUUUUGAUAAUACACUGUUUCAAGUACUUGUACAUAACGUAUCACUGUAGUGAAAUUUUCUCAUUUGUCUACGUUUGUUAGCUUUUAUAUUUUCUGUUGUAAAUAUUUAAAUGUGUAACGAAUGUAUACGUAAGGAGUGUGUAAAGAUUUUCUACCCCCCAGUAGGUACUUUUCAUUGUUUAGCCUUUUAUAUGACGUGUACAAUUUCAACAACGAAGUAUUUUUGAUUUGUAUUUAUAAAAGUGUACUGUUGUUUUUAUUGGCAAUGUGUAAUUAAAAUUUUGAAAAUAUACUUAAUGAUCA